UGCUUUUCCACAAAGAAGAGAAAGAAGAGCAGAGCUCUGAGGAUCUCAGCGUUUUAUCAGGAACCACGUGCAAAGACUACCUGAUGUCUUCACUUGUUCAGAGGGGUGACCAUGGCCUGAGGUCCUGCCUCUGUUGCUCUUGACACCAGAACCAAGGAGUUCCAAAGGAUCUGUAUGAAGACGUGAUAAUGGAGACCAACCAGUUCCUUGCAUCACUGGGUCUAUGAAAGGUCAUCACAGAACUGGAAGACACCAUUAUUUAAGUCCACUGGUAAAUUGAAGGUUGGUUAAUAAACAAAGAAUAUAAAGAAUUUAAAAAACACUACAAAAAUUAGCAACUGCUUUCAUGCGAUGGAAAAGUCUGUAGCAAAUGAAGAAAAAGACCUGAAUAUUAAUGUUACCAUUAAACAGAUAGAAUAUAACCUAAAGGAACACGUAACAUUGGAGCCAUAUGAAGAAAAAGGCCUAUUAGAUGAUGACCUUCAUAAAAACACUGCUCAUGAACACAUCUCAUGUAAGAAUAUUAAUAAAGAACCGGUCUUAAAAGAUGGAGAAUACCUUUCAGAUGCUGACAUUAAUUCAGCCACAACUCCUACCCAACAAUAUCUAUCUCAAAUUAAGGAGGAACCACUCUUACAGUAUGGAGAAAAUCUUAUUAAAUCCAAUAUUUCUCUACCAUCAGAUGAUACAAAACAUCCAUCUUCUAAUAUUAAAGAAGAACCAGUCUUACUUGACGGAGAAAGUCUUAUUGAACACAACAUUUCUAUACUCUCAGAUCAUACAAAACAACAUCCAUACUCAAAUAUUAAGGAAGAAAUAGUCUUGUAUGAAGGAGGAAACCCCUCAGACCCAAACAUUCUGUCAACUAUGGAUAACACACAACAUUCAUCUCUAUCUUUCAAGGAGGAAUCCAUCUCAUAUGAUGGACAAAACCUCACAGACCCCAACAUCUGUACACCCACAGAUCAUACGCAACAACAUCCAGCUACUCAUAUUAAGGAGGAACCAUCCUUGUGUAGAAGAAAUGACAUAGACCCCAAACUGUAUACACCCACAGAUCAUACCCAGUCUCUAUCUACUCAAGUGAAGGUGGAAUUGGUGUCAUAUGAAGACAACCUCAAAGACACAAUCAGCAAUGCACCCACAGAUCAUACAGAACAGUGUCCACUCAGCAAAAUUAAGGAGGAACCAAAAUAUUUUGAAGCUGAAAACCUUGUGGAUGCUGUUAUUCAUAAACAUGUAGAUCAUAUUAAACAACAAUUCAAGCUCUGUGAUGACGGGAGACUUGCAGGCAACAGUAUUAACUCUUUUACUAUUACUGGUGAAUAUAUUGAAGGAAUUGAUCAAACCGAAGAGAAAAAGAAGGGUUCUGUACUAAAAUCUGCUUCUCCAUCCUUUGAGACGUCAAAGACCCUGUAUACCUGCCCUGUAUGUAAGAGAGGUUUUAAUAACCAUGGUAAUCUUGUGAGACAUCGGGAGACACACAAAGGAAAGAAAAUGACUUGCACAGAGUGUGGGGCCGACUUCUGUAAUAAAACUGAUCUCUCAGCGCACGUACGAACUCACAAAAUUAGCAGAAGUCUAUACUGCUCAGAAUGUGAUAAGAUAUUUGCCAGCAACUCUCAUCUUAUCAUCCAUGAGAGAAUUCACACAGGGGAGAAGCCAUUCGCCUGUUCAGAAUGUGGGAAACGUUUUUCCAAUAAGUCCAAUCUUGCUGAACACAUGAGGGUCCACACUGGAUCAAAACAAUUUGGUUGCACAGUUUGUGGGAAAUCGUAUGCGCGGAAAGACAAUCUUAUCAGCCACCAGCGAAUUCAUGAAGAAGUGACAUUAACAUGUUCUAAAUGUGGGCGCAGUUUUGUCAAUGAGUACAAGUUUAUCCGACAUCAGAAAUUCCAUACAUUGGACAGACCCUUCUCAUGCAGCCUUUGUGGGAAACGCUUUACCCAUAAGGCUUUGCUCCUUAGGCAUGAGCGAACGCACAUAGAUAUGAAACCAUUUUUGUGUUCAGACUGUGGGAAGUGUUUCCCGAAACAAGGUGAACUGAUAAAGCAUAAGAGAUCUCACACUGGAGAGAAACCAUUCACUUGUGUCGAAUGUGGAAAGUGUUUUAGCACAGGGUCAGGUCUCAUAAACCAUAAAAAAAUACACACAAGUGAAAAACCUUUUGUCUGUUCUGAAUGUGGUAACAAGUUCAAGCAGAAAAACAACCUUGUUAGACACCAGAGAGUUCAUACUGUGCAGAAACCAUAUGCCUGUGCCGACUGCGGCAAAGGAUUUACUACCAAGUCAAACUUUAACAUACAUCAGAGGAUUCACACAGUGAGAAGACAGCUCUCCUGCCCCGAAUGUGGCAAACAUUUCCCAUAUAAAAGCAAACUAAAGGAACACAUGGAAAGUCAUGAGAAGAGUGAUGAUCCACAGCUAAACUAAAAUAAGACUGAGAUUUUCAACCUCAUGCGCUCUUCUGUCCAUAUAAACUGUCUGUAGGCUUUCAUUAAAACCCAUAGAGAUGUAUCAGCAAUCAGUGGUACCCAUGCAGUUCUGCCCGAACUUCUACUAACAUGGCUGACGAACGUUAUCAAGUUUUUACCCUCAGGCGCCACUUGCAUGCUCUAUUAUGUUUGAUUGUCCAUCCAUACUGUAGAUACCAGACUGCCAAAAGGGCCACAGAGUGGCAAUUGGUUUGAUUUAUUGGAUGGAAAAACAUGACUGAUCAGUCAAAAGUUGUCAAUUUCACCUGAUGUUUAUUUCAUGUCUAUAUCCAGCUUUACUCGAUACUUUACCAAUCCCUUAUUUUGUAUUAUUAUUGCUGCAUUAACAUCUGCAGUAUAAUUGUAUCAAUGCUAACUAGUGAUUACCUUCUUACCUUUAUGACCUCCACGCAGUAAUGCAUUGGUAUGACACAUAAAACUGUCUUCUGUGAUGACAAUAAAUCUUUUUAAUUUAAAAAAAAAA